AUGUCGGAUAUAAACGUACAGAAUCUUUCUAAUAAACAAAAUGUUUUAAACGAGUCAACAGAAGUUGACACUACAAAUAAUAAUGACACCACUUUAUGUGUUUCGCCGUAUCCUUCAUUAAUAAAUGAUGCGUCCACGUCUUUUAACCUAUCAUCGGUUGAGAAUCGGACAGAUUUUAGUGAGCAACCUUUUAACCAAGAAGAGCUUAAUAAUAACAUAACGAAACAACAGUCAACGUCUCAGAGUUUUACUCAAAUAAUUGAAGAGAAUGUUGUAUCUCAUGAUCAAAGCGAAGAGCAACUUAAUAAAGGCUCUCAAGAGGAUGUCGAUAAAUUAACUAACUACAAACAGGAAUCAACAUGUGAAACAAACCAUGAUUCUGCCCAAGAAGAAAUAGUUACUGUACUCGGUGAAGGAGUAGUUAAUACUCCACCGAGUUCGUGUAUGAUAGAGAUAGAAAAUCAGCCAAAAAUGCCUUUAUCC